GUACAUGUAGUUCAAACAAAUAUUCAAAACACUUCUACUUUAUUUCAUAAAUCGGGUGAUGUCUGAAAAAGGGGAUUUUACAAGUAAGAAAUGAUGAAACACAAUAAAAUGGGGAUUUUUCAGAAAAGGAGUAUAAUAACGGAUGAAAACAUUCAUUUUAGCAGUUUUCCAUUGACAGAAUAUGACAUCUUUAACAUUAGUAUUAACUUGUACAGGCCUGGGGCUGGCAAUUUUGCCUUCGAUACAAACAACACUUGAAACAUCAAAAUGGAUCUUUAAAUGUGGCCCAUCGGAAACAGAAUGCAACAGGAGGACUCACUACUGUGAAUCCAAAAUGGACAAGUGCACUUCAUGCUGGGACUAUUGUUCAGAGAAGAGGAUUAAAGGACACCCAUACUAUAGGAUACAAUGUCAUAAAUACUGUCCAGUAUGGAUGCGGAACCAGGAGAUGAAGAAAUUGAUGGCUGAGUCAACCAAGGAACCUAUUCUCAAGGAGACUCCAACUCUCACAAAUACAGUUGUCCCAGCCAAAGAACAAGGUGAUCACACAAGUGCUACUGACCCCAUUGUAAUAAAAGUUACAGGACAAUGGACUUCUAUUAAAACACUGACAGCAGCAGGUGUCUGUCUGGCAUUUAUUGUAUUGGGAUUCUUGGCAGUGUUUAUUGUUAAGAAUCGCACAGUAAACAACCCUGGGCAUGAAGAAGAUUUGGAGAAAAGAUCGUUGAACGAUAGCACAGACACCAAUGACACUACUGUUCAAAUGGACACAAAUACAAAAGGAAACAGACAGAAAGGCAAUGCCGAUGACAAUAUCAAUAUUGCUAAUACAAUUCAAUUGCCGAUUUCAGACAAAGGGGCAGAUGUCCGUGUCGCAUGUUCAGUUAUUCAGUCAGCCCCAGAAUGUGAAGAUGUCCAAUCUAACAUUUGUGAACCUCAGUCAAAAAUUCAAGAUUUGCUACAAUCAACAUAUGUUUAAAGGCCCUAUGUAAAGUAAAAGCUUAAAUCACUUAGGCUUCUAUUGUUAGACUCAUCCUGUUAUAAGCUGACAUCUUAACUUACUGGCAAAGUAAAUGCAUGUGCAUAAUAAUUUUAGAUAAGUGCUUUAAAAAAUCAAAAGAAUACCGAUUAACAUUUAUAAGUUUUUUACUUC